AUGCUGACGAGAACAGGUGCUAAUGGAUACCUUCUCGAUCAGUUCCUUCACGAUAACGUGAACACCCGUACUGACGAGAACGGCGGCUCAAUCGAGAAGCGCUCUCGUAUCGUCCUCGAAGUUCUCGAGUCAUGCGCGGCAGCUAUCGGCGCCGACCGCGUAGGAAUUCGUUUAUCUCCAUACAAUUACUACCAAGACACGCGCGAUUCCAAACCUAACGCGAACUGGCAAGUGCUGUGCUCGAAGAUUGCCGAUCUCCCUGCCGAGUCCCGCCCAGCCUACGUACACAUGGUCGAGCCCCUCUUCGACGAAGUUCUCGACGAGAGCGCCAAGCUGGAUUCGCUCGUUGUGGAUAAAACGUCGUUGGAUAUAUUCCGGCCCAUACUGAAGAAGGGCGGAAUCUCAUUCCUCGCCGCCGGUAACUUCAAUGCGACGAACGCUGGACCUAAACUGAUAAGUGACGGGGCGGACGCGGUUGUCUUUGGACGUUACUUCAUCUCCAACCCGGACCUACCUCGGCGUUGGAGGGCUUGCCCUUGA